AAAAAAAAUGAUUUCUAAAUUUUUUAAAACUCCACACCAAAUCUACAAAAGUUCAUACCAUUUUACUAGUACUAAACAAAGAAUUUCCAAAGAGGAAAAAGUGGAUGGUUCAAUUUCGGACAUAGUUUACACAUUUAUGGACUAAGCAUCUAAAUAUACAGCAAUUUCUCCCGCUAUGAUGAAUUUUUAUAAACAAUGUGAUAAUUUGUUUGAAGUAUCUAUUCCUUUUUAAAGAUAGGAUGGUAAAUUAGAAGUAAUAAAAGGCUUUAGAUGUUAACAUAAAACUCAUUAAUUACCCACUAAGGGUGGUCUUAUUAUUAGUCAAAAUGUAAUUAAAUAAGAUAUUGAGGCUUUUGCAUGCUUGAAUACUAUUAGAUCUAAUACUCUUCAUAUUCCACAUGGAGGAGCUAAAGGAGCUAUUGUGCUUAAUCCUUUAGAUUAUACAGAAAGAGAAUUAGAAAUGAUUAUUAGAAAAUUCACUGUUGAAUGCGCUAAAAAGGGAAUUAUUGGUAGCUCUAUUGAUAUUCCAGGCACUGAUUUAGGAAGUACAGAUAGAGAAAUGAACUGGAUUAAAGAUACAUAUACUUACUUCUAUGGUAAAGAAGAUAUUAAUUCUGCCGCAUGUGUCACAGGAAAAAGUUUAAAUCAAGGAGGACUUAGUGGAAGUUAAGAAUCAUCUGGAUUUUGCGUAUACUUCACUUUAAAACAUAUGUUAAGUUAAGAUGAUUUUUGUUAAAAAGCUGGUAUAUAAAAAGGUUUAAAAGGAAAAACAUUUAUUGUUGAAGGAUAUGGUAGUGUUGGUUACUGGGCCUCACAUUUUUUAUAAGAAGCAGGUGCAAAAUUAGUCGGUGUAGUAGAAAGAGAUGGUGAAAUAUACAAUUCUGAUGGAAUUGAUGCUAAUGAUAUAUAAAAUUACAAAGUUUAAAAUAAAGGAAUAAGUGGAUAUCCUAAAGCAACUUUCUAAAAAGAUGUAGCUUUUUAAAAAUGUGAUAUUUUUAUUCCUGCAUUUUUCGCUAAAUCAAUACAUUCAGAAAAUGCCGAUAAAUUUAACUGUAAAGUAAUAGCAGAAGGUGCAAAUCUUUCAGUGACUCCAAAUGCAGAAUAAAUACUAGAAAAAAAAGGAGUCUAAAUCAUUCCUGAUGUUAUUGCUUCUUCAGGAGGUUUUCUUUCUGGUUAUUUUGAAUGGAUAAAGAAUAUCUCACAUAAGCAUCAUGGAUCUAUGACUCGUAAAUGGGAAUAAAAAAGUAAUAUACAAUUGUUAGAAACUAUUGAAGUAGAAACUGGAUUAAAAUUAAAAAACAUAUUGGUUAACAUUUUAUGGAUAUAUAAGGAGCAACUGAAGUAUAAAAAAAAAAAUUAAUAUAUUAACAUAUUAUUUUAGCAUGAUCUUGUAGAAAGUGGCUUAGAAGAAAGUUAUGAAAGAUCUUUAAAUGAAAGUAUUAACACUAGUAAAAAAUUAAAUGUUAAUUUAAGAAUUGCAACUUAUGUAAAUGCAUUAACAAAAUUGAAUAUUCAUUAUAGUUAAGUUGGAAUGACAUUUAGUAAAUGAAAAAAAAAAGUUUUUCUAA